UUCACACUGCAGCUCUGUCCGGCCAGCGGCAGAGGGGAUGUCCUUCUAACUUCCACCAACAAACUUUCUAGAAACUUUCAGUCAAACAGAAAAACAAGCACUGACUGACUGACAAAGUGUCGCAACUCGCCUCACUCCUGUUUUAAUGAAACUUUGAAUGUGUUUCAGUCUUUGAGCUGAAACAGAGGCUGCACAUCCACUCUGAUCACUUCUGAAUGAGCCGCUUCCCGACUUCUUUUUUGGUGCUUAUUUUAAUUUGACGUUUGGAUAAAGUUUUUUUUUCUUUAUCACUUAAAGACUCGUGAUGGCUGUCCUGUCACUAGCGUUACUACUUGUAGGAUUUGUAAUGACUUCAGCUGACAAGGCUGGUGGAGUAGAUAAAGAGGAGCGUCUGAGGAGCCGUCUGAAGGAAUACGGCCUCGUCACUCCCUUCAGCACCGACUCUCAUGGACACUACCUGUCACACCUGCUCUCUGCCACCCACAAGCAGCGUGUCAAGAGAGAGGUGUCUUCCUCUGGUGAGGCUGAGCAGAAACUUUUCUUCAACAUCUCCGCCUUUGGUAAGGAGUUCCACCUCCGUCUGCGCCCCAACAACAAGCUGGUGGCACCGGGCGCGAUGGUUGAGUGGCAUGACGAGGUCCACGGCUUCGGGAAUGUCAGCAACAGCACCAGUGACGAUGCCAGUAUGGGCGCCAACCAGACUGAAGUCACAGGCGGGACGGAGAGGAUACUGCAACGUGAGCUGCUAAAGACAGACUGCACCUUUAUCGGUGACAUCACAGACGUGCCCGGGGCCUCGGUUGCCAUUAACAACUGUGACGGACUGGCCGGGAUGAUCCGCACCGACUCAGACGAGUACUUCAUUGAGCCACUGGAGAGAGGCACCCAGGAGCUAGAGGACCAGGGCCGGGUCCACGUGGUUUACCGCAGGUCGGCUCUGCUGCAGCCCCCCUCCGACAUCUCAGUGGACUACCAAGAACCGGAGCUGGAUGUACCCGGGACUCUGGACUCUGUAGCCCAGCAGGUCAAUGAGACUGUCCACAGACGUCGGCGCCGAAAUGCCGGGGAGGACGACUACAAUAUCGAAAUCCUGCUGGGAGUUGACGACUCGGUGGUUCGGUUUCACGGCAAGGAGCACGUGCAGAAUUACCUCCUCACUCUCAUGAAUAUCGUGAAUGAGAUUUACCACGACGAGUCACUGGGAGUACACAUCAACGUGGUCCUGGUGAGGAUGAUCAUGCUGGGGUACGCCAAGUCCAUCAGUCUCAUUGAAAGAGGAAACCCAUCACGGAGCCUGGAGAAUGUGUGCCGCUGGGCAUUUGUGCAGCAGAAAGGCGAUCCUGAUCACGCAGAGCACCACGACCACGCAAUCUUCCUCACUCGCCAAGGCUUCGGCCCCACAGGGAUGCAGGGUUACGCUCCAGUCACAGGAAUGUGUCACCCAGUCCGGAGCUGCACCCUCAACCAUGAAGACGGCUUCUCCUCAGCCUUCGUUGUGGCUCACGAGACGGGACAUGUGCUGGGCAUGGAGCACGAUGGCCAAGGCAACCGCUGCGGGGACGAAACGGCGAUGGGAAGCGUGAUGGCUCCCCUGGUGCAGGCGGCCUUUCAUCGAUACCACUGGUCCAUGUGCAGCGGACAGGAGCUGAAGAGAUACAUCCACACAUACGACUGUCUCUUGGAUGACCCCUUCAAACAUGACUGGCCGCAGCUUCCUGAACUCCCCGGCAUCAACUACUCGAUGGAUGAGCAGUGUCGAUUUGACUUUGGAGUGGGCUAUAAGAUCUGCACCUCGUUUCGAACAUUUGACCCGUGUAAACAGCUGUGGUGCAGUCACCCAGACAACCCGUACUUCUGCAAAACCAAGAAGGGGCCACCCCUCGAUGGGACCGAGUGUGCUCCUGGAAAAUGGUGCUACAAAGGUCACUGCAUGUGGAAAAACCCUAAUCAGGUCAAACAAGACGGCGCCUGGGGCUCCUGGAGCAAAUAUGGCUCCUGCUCGCGCUCCUGUGGAACUGGAGUUCGCUUCCGGACACGCCAGUGCAACAACCCAGCGCCCUCCAACGGCGGCCAGGACUGCCCAGGAGUGAACUAUGAGUAUCAGCUGUGCAACACUGACGACUGCCCCAAGCACUUUGAAGACUUCCGAGCCCAGCAGUGCCAGCUCCGCAACUCCCACUUUGAGUUCCAAAACACCAAACACCACUGGCUGCCAUACGAGCAUCCUGACGCCAGCAAGAGAUGCCACUUGUACUGCCAGUCAAGAGAGACGGGAGACGUGGCGUACAUGAAGCAGCUGGUGCAUGAUGGGACACGAUGCUCCUACAGAGAUGCGUACAGUAUCUGCGUGCGUGGAGAGUGUGUGAAAGUCGGCUGCGACAGAGAGAUCGGCUCCAACAAAGUUGAGGACAAAUGUGGCGUUUGCGGUGGGGACAACUCCCACUGCCGCACCGUUAAAGGAACUUUCACCCGCACACCAAAGAAACCAGGUUACCUUAAGAUGUUUCUCAUUCCUCCUGGAGCUAGACAUGUCAUCAUCCAAGAACACGAGGCCUCCCCUCAAAUUCUUGCGAUCAAGAACCAGGCGACAGGACAUUACAUUCUCAACGGGAAAGGAGAGGAGGUCCAGUCCAGAAGCUUCAUUGACUUGGGCGUGGAGUGGCACUACAUUAUCGAGGAGGACGUGGAGACGCUGCACACUGACGGACCUCUGCAUGACCCUGUCGUGGUUCUGAUUAUACCCAAAGACAAUGAAACUCGCUCUACUUUAAUGUACAAGUACAUCAUCCAUGAAGAUUCAGUGCCUGUCAACAACAACAAUGUUAUCCAGGAGGACACGUAUGAGUGGGCUCUGAAGAGCUGGUCUCCGUGUUCCAAGCCAUGUGCCGGAGGGUUUCAGUACACCAAGUAUGGAUGUCGAAAGAAAGGAGACACAAAGAUGAUCCAUCGAGGCUACUGCGACGCCAGCAAGAAGCCAAAGCCCAUUCGCAGGAUGUGUAACCUUCAGGACUGCACUCAGCCUCAAUGGAUCUCAGAUGAAUGGGAGCAUUGCACCAAAACCUGUGGCAGCCUGGGCUUCCAGAUCCGGACGGUACGCUGCGUGCAGUUCCUCCACGAGGGCACCAACCGCUCUGUCCACAGCAAGUACUGCAGCGGGGAGAAGCCAGAGAGCCGCAGGCCGUGCAACAGAGUCUCAUGUCCUGCUCAGUGGAGGACCGGAGCCUGGUCAGAGUGCUCUGUGACCUGUGGAGAGGGAAUGGAGAGGCGUCUGGUCACUUGCCGGAUCGGAGAUCAGUGUAAUGGAGAAAAACCUGAAACUGUGAGGCCGUGCAGACCGGGACCCUGCCAUGAUGAACCAUGUAAUGGAGACAAAUCCAUCUUCUGCCAAAUGGAGGUGCUUGCGCGAUACUGCUCCAUUCCAGGCUACAACAAACUGUGCUGCGACUCCUGCAGCAAGCGCAGCGGGGCUCUGUCUCUGUUCUCCGAGGCGGCUGAGACGGAGGAGCAUGUCCGCUUCGGGUCAGCCUCCCAGCUGCUUGAGACAUUAACAGCCUCUGUAGUGGCCAACGGCACUCGCGUUGGUAAACAAGUCUCAGGCAAAGGCUCCCCCUCAUCAGGCAACGCUGUGAAACACGUCACCACCCCUGCCCCACUGAAGAAAACCCCAUCAAAGAUCACUACAGCACCACGGCGGGUCCCACGCCACAUGGGUCUCACUGGCAGGAAGCUGCCUGCUAUGGCGCCAUCUCCCCUGGUGGAUCCCACAGAGGGUCAAAAGUCGAACGGCUUGACAGAUAGUCGGUGGCCUUCAGCGCGCCCUUCAGUGGAGAGAUGAAAGUGACGCCCUUCCCCCUUUAGGAUUCUUUAUGUACAGCAGAUAAUCCAGCUUCAUCCUGAGUCUUCUCACGCCAAAAAACACCACAGAGAGAGAAACGGAGAGACAGAAAGAAAAGUGCUGGUUCACUUUGUUAAGAAUUUCCCUUCCCGUUUGCCCCUUCAUAUUGACUUUUAAUAUGAUAUCUUACAGGGAGCUUCCAGAGUAUAUUAUUACUUUAACAGCCGUGCUGCUUUGCUUUCAUACAUUUCAUAGAAAGGAGAAAAUAAUUCAAUCAUUUUGAGGUAAAAGGGGCACAUGGUCUGAAGGGAAUUUUUAUCCACGUAAAAUGAAAAGCUUAAUGAAACACCGCUUCGGUAGUUCAUAGUUAAUAAUAUUAGGGGCACAAAAUAGCCAAAGGACAGAUUAAUACUCAAAGGAAGCUAUUUUUUACCACACUGGCUUCAAACUUGUAUCAGUAGAUAUUACAAAGAAUUGGCUGCUCAGUUCCAAACAAACCUUUUUGACCCAACAGGUCUUGAAGCUUUCUUUGAUGUCACCUACAGUAACAGGUGCAGCAAGGUGUCUGAUUGGUCUUUUCUCUGGUCUUGGUAUUUAAUGAAUCAGGCCCCUUGUGUCUGCGGAGUGUUGUCACGGAUCCUCCGGCAAAACCUCAGCAGACAGCAAGAGGGAGAAUGUCAACAGUUGCAGUCAUUAGAGCUGAUUCAAUUUGUGAAAAUAUAUGCAGACUGCACCAGUAGAAAAGAAACAGACACAGGAAGUGGUGUAGAAAUGCAUGUUACACUUGUGGGUGUUAAAAAAAACACAACACAUCUUAAGAGUAAAUAGUUACCUAUGUUGCUCUGUUGGUGCAUCCUAGAUGCUUUGCAUUUGAUUAACAUAGAAUAGCGGCUUGAUGCAACUAAUGAGAUGCCGACAUGUCAGAUCUCUAGACUGUCACCUUCGAGCUGGAUGGGAGGUUUAGUUUGCUAUGAAUCUAUGAAAGAGGAAGAUGAUGGACAAAAAGGUUUAAAAAAAAUUCAUAAACGGAUCAUCUGAAAAUCCCCUUUUUACUUGAACAUUACAAACUGCCAUUUUCUUGCCAAAAAGUGUAAGCCUAAAACUUGACUUAGAGAGAUUUCAGCUGUCCCAGUACUUGAGGAGUCACUGCAUACACAAAAUCAAACACCGGACUUUGUACGGCCACAUAUGGAAAGUGGCCACACCAGUGAACCCAUUGGGGAAAUGGUUUUGGAUGUAUAGAUUGUUUUUUUUUUUUGUUUUGUUUUUUAAAAUAUAUCCAGCAAUGACUGUUAAAUGGCGCUCUACAGUUUCUAUGGAAAUGGGUAUUUAUAAAGGUUCCUGUAAAUACUGUACAUGAAAAUAUCAGUAUUAUUUUAAGAAGCUGAGGAUACUUCAAAAACCAUUUUAAUCAAUUAUAAUAACAUAUUAUUCCUGAUGUUUACAGUUUUCAGCAGCGGUGUUAAAUGGACAUUAACAAUGCACAAUCUCACUCUAAAUGCUGGUGCAAAUUUCUCUAAGGAAUGUUUUAAAAGACAUAUUUUGAGAAAGAUGCAUGAUUGUUUCCCUUCCGAGAGUUAGAUGAGAAGGUUGUUGCCAAGUUUGUAUCUGCACGGUAAAUCUGAAGCUUCAGCCAGGAGACAGUUAGCUUAGCUCAGCAUAAGUUUAAAAGCAUACCUACCAACACCUAUAAAGCUCACUAAUACAUGUUAUUAUUCCUUCGUUUGAUACAAACAAAACCAAAGUGUGAAAACAACACAAAAGGAUUUCUAGCCUGACUCUGUCACCUUUGGACACAGCCAGGCUAGCUGAUUCCCUCUGCAUUUAUUCACUGUGCUAAGCUAGCAUCUCCUGACUGAUGAUAAGGUGCAGACAUGACUGGUAUCAAUCUUGUCUAAUUUUUGGCAAGAAAAUGAUUAAAGCGCAUUUCCCAAAAUGUCAAACCGUUCCUUUGAGAAGCAUCGUUUACACAUUACAUCACCCAGCCUUUAAGUUUUAGCUAAAUCAAAAGUUUCUAUGGUGCUAGCCAUCAACCUUUGACUUUCUGUUUUGCUUUCCUUGUCAACAUUUUUGCUCAGAAAGGUUGAAGUUGUUAGGUCAAAGAAGGGAACAAAUUUAAUUUAAUAGCAGGGGUGUAGUGCUGCUGGAGUGCAACAUAAACAACACUCCGCCACUUUUCCUCCAAGUGAGGAAAUAGAAUAAGCGCAGUUCGCAUAAUCUGAAAUCCAUCUACAUUUUUGAAGCACCUGAAGAUCCAAUCACCACGAAAGGGUAUGUUAUGAAUUAAUAGAAUUGUCAAAGUUGUCAUAUCAUCAUUAAACAUGCAUAGAGUCACAACAUCAGCUCACGCAAGUGACGUGCAAGAAAGCAUUCCACCAUAAAGCAGUCGGUAGCUUCUAGCAGCCUUGAUUGGCACAGUGAUUACAGCAAGUCAUUACAACCUACUACAACCAUGGAAUUGCAGAAUACUAGUUAGCUGGAUGUUUGUCUAACGACUGCAUAACACCCUCAAUAUGAAACUAUUCAUAACGUUUAUCUAACGUGAUCGUGUGGUCAGUUAUAGUUCACUAAUGUAUGUAAUCAAGCCACAGUUCAACUGAGCGCACAUCAUAGAGCCUGUUUACACCUGAUGUUAGCAUGCGUUUUGCUGAUCUGAACAUAAGCCGACAGCAGAGACACGUCGCCGUUCACACCUGUGUCUGUCAUCCGUCUCAAGCUAAACACUUGACUUCAGAUUUUGUCACUGCCUCUGUCACUUACACUGCAAGGUCCAAGGGCCCCACGCACAGUUAUCAUGUCCACACUCUCGCUAGCUGCUCGCUAGUUACAUUAGCGGAUGUGUGGGUACAGCUGGAGACACAUCACAUCUCCUUCCAAAGGGCAAAGUGAUGGAAAGUUGAGCAACUCGUCUUAAAAUGGGCAAAGAGUGUUGGUACGCUGUCACCAAAACUACCACCACAUCUAGAACUGAUGAUGUAGUCCUUGUCUGGGAUGUAUCAGGACGAAGUAGCUGUGUCUCAAUUCAAAGGCUGCGGCCUUUGAAGGGCGUGGCCUUUGCGGUCGACGUCCGCCUUUUCCUUUUGAAGACCGCAUCAGCCAAACCAAACAGUCUCCGAAAUAGGAAGAUCUGGUCUGCGGAGGAUUUCUUGGUUGCAUCACCAGUUGCUCUCGCCCCGACCCACUGGCAUUCCUGUUACCUGGCAACGGCCCAAGACACUGCCGUUUGAUAUAUUACAGGCAGAUGGACCAUUUUCAGGUUAACUAGUGAAUAGUAAUGUUAACGACAGUCAACCGUCAGCUAGGUAACAACUGUUAGUUAACUUAACAUAUAACCUUCACCGGCGUGCAAUGCAUCUUGGGAUAGGCUGGGCCACGGAGGAUUCAUCCGUUGCUUCAUCCAAAUUCUGGGAAAGAAGGCUGCAUUUCUCGGCCGCAUUUGAAGGAGCCUUUGAAAUGGGACAGCCUUGGUCGCACCGAUGUGACGAGUCGUUUUUCAAAUGCAGCCUUCAAAAGCUGCAGCCCCUGAAUUGAGACACAGCUACUGUCAUUUACACUUAAAGAGAUAUGUGGUCAAAUGCAUCCCAGACCAUCUCUGCUAGUGGUUUGAGUGAUCAGGUCACAAUGUGUCUUAGUGGUUGUUUACACUUGUAUUAAGUGCUGUCCAACUGUGAUUGGAUCAGCCAAGACAUAUAUUAAUAGCAGGUAUAAACAGGCUCAUAGAUGGACUCAGGUACCUGAACAAACAGCACUACACCCCUGCUGAUUACUGUAUGUUAUAUACAGUAUGCCCAUGUUCGUCUUGAACAGACUAAAAAAGGAAGUGAGUUUUUCACCAUGCAACUGAAAUAUAUUGUAAAAUUUCUACUCUGAUGUUUCCAUGAAAGACGCAAAAACUCAUCUUGAAAAUGUUUAGUUUGUGAUUUGCAGAUUAUUUUCCACAGUGACAUAUGCUGUCAAAUUUCAACUCACUUAAAGCUGCAUUAAGCGUUUUUUGACCACUAGGGGGCAGAAAGGCUCCCAAACACACUCACAGAAACAGAGCGACGCGAGACUCCCAUUUAAUCAUGUUACUGUCCACCUGAUGAAUGUAAGUCAAGUAUUCACUCUCCUUUUAGCUCUGUUUUGGUCUCUACCAGCUCCUGAGGGAAACAUCUGCCUCUUUCUUCACCAGUUACUUGUUUAUUUCAGCUCUCUGCUGUUUGGUGCUAACAUACACUUGGCUCUUUGAUUUUUAUCUGGGGGAGUUAACGAGAGCCAAACCAACGUGCUAUAAGCUGUGAAGAGCUGCAGGUGUUUUUCUCUCAGCUGGUCCAGCGCUGUGAGUGAUCCUUUCACAAUACACAGUCAUUUGAUCCAUUUUUAAUAUCAAAAAUCUCGCUUAAUGGAGCUUUAAGCACAUCACACCCAUUCACAUUCAGUCUGAAUAAGGUUUUAUUGUACAUGAUGUGUUUGCAGGAACAAAGCCUCAUUGUGAGCAAAAGAGUUUUACUGUAUGUGGAACAUGUUUGUUUUUUCCAAAGUAUUUCCUAAAUGGCUUUUUAUGGUGGAAGAAGGUUCAGGAGAGAGAAAGCUAUUUAUUUAAAAAAAAAAAAAAAAAAUCCUCACAACCACCAUGCAUCUGACUGCAAUAGCAAAGACACAGUUUUGUGUUUUCAGCAAAGAAAUAACUAUUCACACUCACUCCUGUGUGCCAAUGUAUAGUACAUGUAUAUAGCAUUGAGUACAUAAAUAUUUAUUGAAAGCUAAAGGGUUCUGCUUUGUUUUUACAGUAUGCGUGGUGCCAGCUGGUCAAUAAGCUGCAGCAGAUAAACCAUUGAAUCACAAGUUUUCCAGCACAUUUUCAAAAAUUUUAAAUGGAUUUCUACUUUUAAAAAAUGAAAAAAAAAAGAAUGUGAUAGAUUAGGAAUUACAUUGUUUUUUUGCAAACAAUUAGAUGUAAAUAUACAUGCUCAAUUUUGAGAUGUUUUACUUGUCAGAAAGCUGUCUUUUCACAGCUGUUGUGUAGAAGUUGUUAACAGAGCUGUUGCAUCACAGCGACAUGUACUGACCAGACAAAUGCUUUAUUUUAACCAAUAAAACAUUAAUAGUGUAGUACCAGUAAGCCAGUAAAGUUUGUUUUUAUGCUGUUUGUAGUGUCAGUAUUGUCUAACCAUUUUACAUUUCCUCCCUUGUUCUUUUCACAUCUUUACUCGCUGCCUAUACAACAUUGCUGCUAAUGUUAUACAGAGCUAGUAAUGAUAAAAUAGGGUAGUUGUAGAUGUUACAUUGACAAUCCCUGAGCCUCAGACAGAUAUUACUGCAUAGGAUUCUCCAUGUACUGUAUCAAUACCCCUGUGCUAUCCGUGCAUUGAAGUAUUACGAUUGUCGUGACUGUCAGUCAGUCACUCUCUGCUCUAUUCGCUUUUCUAUGUAUUUGUGUAGAUUGAAGUGUACACUACUGAUGCUGUUUGUUGUAAUGGGGAGCACAUAGCAAUAAAAGAUAUGAUAACUACUCUGAUUUCUUGCUUUCGGAC